AAACGAACAACAAAACUGAAGAAUCUUCUAUUGCGGAAAUCAACAAGACCGAAGAAUCUUCUAUGGCAGAAGUCAUCAAAACCGAAGAAUCUUCUAUGGCGGAAGUUCACGAAACCAAAGAUUUAAUGAUGGAAGAAAUAAACAAAACCGAAGAAUCUUCUAUGGCGGAAAUCAAAACCGAAGAAUCUUCUAUGGCGGAAAUCAACAAAACCGAAGAAUCUUCUAUGGUGGAAAUCAACAAAACCGAAGAAACUUCUAUGGUGGAAAUCAACAAAACCGAUGAAUCUUCUAUGGUGGAAAUCAACAAAACCGAUGAAUCUUCUAUGGUGGAAAUCAACAAAAUCGAUGAAUCUUCUAUGGCAGAAGUCAUCAAAACCGAAGAAUCUUCUAUGGCGGAAGUCAUCAAAACCGAAGAAUCUUCUAUAGCGGAAGUUCACAAAACCAAAGAAGAUUUAAUGAUGGAAGAAAUAAACAAUACCGAGGAAUCUUCUAUGGCGGAAAUCAACAAAACUGAAGAAUCUUCUAUGGCGGAAAUCAACAAAAUCGAAGAAUCUUCUAUGGCAGAAAUCAACAAAACCGAUGAAUCUUCUAUGGCAGAAAUCAACAAAACUGAAGAAUCUUCUAUGGCGGAAAUCAACGAAACCGAUGAAUCUUCUAUGGCGGAAAUCAACAAAACCGAUGAAUCUUCUAUGGCGGAAAUCAACAAAACCGAUGAAUCUUCUAUGGCGGAAAUCAACAAAAUCGAUGAAUCUUCUAUGGCGGAAACCGAAGUAUCUUCUAUGGUGGAAGUCAUCAAAACCGAAGAAUCUUCUAUGGCAGAAGUCAUCAAAACCGAAGAAUCUUUUAUGGUGGAAGUCAUCAAAACCGAAGAAUCUUCAAUGGCGGAAGUCAUCAAAACCGAAGAAUCUUCUAUGGCGGAAGUCAUCAAAACCAAAGAAGAUUUAAUGAUGGAAGAAAUAAACAAAACUGAAGAUUUAUCUACGGUAGAAGUUCACAAAGCCGACAAAACUGACGAUUCGUUUACGGCAGAAGUCCACAAAAUCGAUGAUUCAUCUACAGCGGAAGUCAACAAAACCAAUGAUUCACCCAUGGCGGAAGUUCACGAAAUCGAUGAUUCAUCUACGGUAGAUGUUUAUAAAAUCGAAGAUUCAUCUAUGGUAGAGGUUCACAAAACCGAGGAAGAUUCGACAAUUGCAGAAAUUCAAUUAAUGGAUAAUUCCAUGGCCGUCAUAGAUUACUCUAAUGUACCACCACCUUCUUCACUUAUCUCAGCUACAGGGCCAGUUGAAUUUAGUGAUGCAAUGGCGAAAGUAAAGGCUAUCGCAGCCAAUUAUAUCUCACAUGGUCCAAGAGAUAAUCGAGAUGAUUAUCGGGAUGAAUAUCGUAGAGAUUCUUACAACAGACGAGAGCGAGGAAGUCGUUAUGAAGAUUACGGAAGGGAUUCAAAAAGAACAGCUUAUGAUGGUGGUUCAUCUCGCCCAGAGCACGAUAAUAGUAAUAAUAGGCACCGUUAUGGUCUAGGAAGUGAAGAUCGACGUUCAUACCAUGGCUCACAUUACGGACCACUCGGAGAUUCGUCUCGUAUUUCUACUCAAGAAGAAUUUAAAGUACCCAAUGCAGUUGUAGGCUUGGUUAUUGGUCGAGGGGGAGAAAAUUUGAAACGAAUUGAAAAACAGACAGGAGCACGAAUUCAAUUUUCACAGGAUCAGCCACCAGAUGUUAUAGAAAGGCGAGUAACUAUUACCGGCACGCCAGAUGAUGUUAAGAAUGCCAAAGGGAUGAUUCAACAACUUGUUGAAGAUGCUAUCAACGGAAAUACACUCAAUCGUCGCGAUUUACAGGGUGGAGGUAAUCGUUCAACUAUCACAAUCCACAUUCCAAGUGGUAAGGUAGGAGUCGUUAUCGGCAGAGGUGGUGAAACCAUUCGAGACUUGCAGGAUCGAAGUGGUGCACGAAUCAACGUAACACCGGAUAGCGCAGCUAGCCCACAAUCUAACGACCGUUCGGUAACUUUAAUUGGAGAUGAAGCUGCUGUACAAAGGGCCAAAGCUCUAAUUGAUGAAAUUGUAAAUACGGGUGAUUCUGAACCUAAUAGAGGUUAUCCUAAAGAUUACCGCUCAAACAGUUAUGGUGGAAGCACUUAUAGUAAUGAUAGUCAUGGUAGCAACUAUGGAAAUAGUGGUGGUCAUUACGGGCCAUACGGUGGACAUCCCACAGGAAAAUCCAAUCAGGAUAGUAUUACUAUCCAAGUCCCAAAUGAUUCUGUUGGAUUGAUCAUAGGAAAGGGAGGGGAAACGGUAAGAGCACUUCAACAACAGUCAGGGGCAAAAAUACAAAUUGAACCUGUUCAUGGUGUUCCGCCUGUAGAGCGCAAUGUACAAAUUAUCGGUUCUGCUGAAAAUAUUACUGUCGCGAAACAAUUGAUUCUUGAAAAAGCUGCAUCUGGAAAUGUACUGUCGUUUGCCUUUCGCGAAAGGCCAUCACGUCAUGGUGACCAAAAUAGGGGAUAUGGAAACAGGGAUUAUGGAUCAAGUGGAUAUCAGCAAAAUUCGUAUCAACAAAAUAGUUAUCAACAAAAUAGCUAUCAACAAAGUGGAUAUCAACAAGGAAACUAUCAAAGUGGUUAUCAACAGAAUACCGGCUAUCAGCAAGGUAGCAUUAAUUCGGGUAAUACUGGAGGUCCUGGAUAUCAACAGAAUAAUGGAUAUGCCACUGGAAUAUAUAACACGCAACCUCAACAGACUACAUACAGUCAGAACACCACAAAUGAUUACGGACAAACCAUAACUAGCGGAUAUCCUACUACUGGCGCAUACGGGACACAAGGCCAACAACCCGCAAACUAUGGCCAAUAUGGACAAUAUAAUACUAGUCAAACUCCUACGACAUAUAACCAAUUUCCUGCUCAGACACAGUACGGAACUUACGGCCAAACUACACAAUAUAAUCAACCUCCCACUGGACAGCCUACACCAGCUCCUGUAGUGCAACCAGUUGGACAGCCCAUUGGUCAACAAGUUGGUUAUUAUCAAACUCCUCCAGCAGUAAAUCAAACCAAACUUGGUCAGGGAACUGAUGUCAAACAAGAUGGUCAGUCUGUUUCGGUAACACCAAAUUACGGGUAUUCACAAUAUGGUUACGCAUAUGGAACGACAUCUGCUACCACAACUUCACAGUAUUCUAACGCUGCUGCUGGUCCGCAAAGUCUCACUACAAAUACAGCUCAUACACCUGGUGCAUAUGGCUCUACUGCGUCUGUAUAUGGUGCGGUGACUGGCACCGCCAUUCAUUCCUCUGCUGCUGCUUCGGCACCUGGAACUGGAGAUCAGACUACUACACAACAGCAGACUUAUUCUGGUUACUACGGUGGCCAGCAAUACUCUCAAGAUCAAUAUAAUCAACCUCAAAAUUAUUAUCAACAAUAUUAUCAACAUCAACAGCCACAAACUUAUAAUUAUCAAACGACAACUACAAAUACUCAUACAGCGGAGUCCCAAAAGCAAUGA